CAUGCUUUAUCGACCAUCUCUUUCUUACGUAAAAAUCCUUCAUAAGCACAAAAAAGGGUUGUCUGAAAAUCAUUCUGUAAACAAUGACAAAUCCUAAACCCUUGCCUUUUCUUUGUUUCUUUUAGCAUAAUCCCAUAAAGUUAAAAAUAAAAAGCUGUUCAGUUUAUUCAACUUUGAGUCCAUUUGGAAAUUAGUUUUUUCAUUUCUUUAAUAAAACCCCAUUUCAUAUCUUCACUCAAAGUUGGAGCCUUUCUGAGUUUUUCCUUGUGUGAAUAUUUUCUGGGAAAUGAACUCUAUAGAGGUUUGUGGGAUUUGAUUUUAUAUACUGAUUUCAGCUUGAAAAUAUUCAUGUGAAUGAGACCUUUGGAUAUGGGGAAAUCAUCAAUAUGGAGACGGUUGUUCAUUGUUUUUGUACUUAUUCAUGUCCUUUUAGUUCAUCAAUCCAAAGGGCUUAACUCAGAGGGUCAAUACCUGCUUGAAAUCAAGAGAAAUCUUGUUGACAAGUUCCAUCAUUUAAGCAAUUGGAACCCUAAUGAUCCAACUCCAUGUGGAUGGAAUGGUGUAAGUUGCUCCCCCAUUGAUUAUUAUUCUUACGACCUUGUAGUUCAGUCUCUUAACUUGAGUUCAAUGAACCUGUCUGGUUCUUUGUCUCCUAGCAUUGGUGGAUUGGUUCAGUUGACUGUCCUUGAUCUUUCUCACAAUGGGUUGUCCAAUAACAUCCCAAAAGAGGUUGGGAAUUGUUCAAAUUUGGAGAUUCUUAAUCUCAAUGACAAUGAAUUUGAAGCUCAAAUUCCCAAAGAAAUAGGCACCCUUUCAUAUUUAACAACUCUAAAGAUAUACAAUAAUAGAUUCUCAGGGCCUUUCCCUGAUGAGAUUGGGAACCUUUCUUCUUUGACACAAUUGCUUGCAUAUAGCAACGAUAUCAAUGGAUCAUUGCCGAGUUCUUUUUGCAACCUUAAGAGCCUAAAGAGUUUUCGAGCCGGUCAGAACCGGUUGACGGGGAGUUUACCUUCGAAUAUAGGUUCAUGUGAGAGUUUGCAGUACCUUGGUCUUGCACAAAAUGAAUUAACCGGCUCGAUUCCGGCGGAGAUCGGGAUGCUUACGAGUUUGAGAGAGUUGAUCCUUUGGGAUAAUCAACUCUCUGGUUCGAUUCCGGGAGAGAUUGGCAAUUGCACGAAUUUGAGUACUCUUGCUUUGUAUGAGAACAAGCUUGUUGGAAGUGUCCCCAAGGAGCUUGGGAACCUUAUAAAUCUCAAGCACUUGUUUCUUUACAGAAAUGAGUUGAAUGGAACGAUCCCGAGGGAGAUUGGGAACCUUUCAUUUGCCGAACAGAUCGAUUUCUCGGAGAAUUUGUUGACCGGAGAAAUACCAGUUGAGUUUGGCAACAUAAAAGGGUUGAAUUUGCUUUAUCUUUUCGAAAACCAGCUUACUGGUGUUAUCCCUGUUGAGCUUACCAGUUUGAAGAACUUGUCAAAGCUUGAUCUUUCCAUAAAUAAUCUCACUGGUCGGAUUCCGGUCGGGUUUCAGUAUUUGGAAGAACUGGUCAUGUUUCAGCUCUUUGACAAUUCACUCACCGGUACCAUUCCUCGGAAACUUGGGGCUUAUAGCCUGCUUUGGGUUGUUGAUUUAUCCAACAAUCAAUUAACAGGAAGGAUCCCUCGACAUCUUUGUCAUAACUUGAACCUGAUGUUUCUCAACCUUGGGACAAACAAGCUCACCGGGAAUAUCCCAUCCGGUGUUACAAACUGCUUACCAUUAGUUCAACUUCUUUUAACCGGAAACAGCCUUACAGGGAGUCUUCCGUUAAAUCUUUGCAAGUUGGUUAAUCUGUCUGCGAUCGAGCUAGGCCAGAACAACUUCAGAGGACCGAUUCAGGCGGAGAUCGGGAACUGCAAAGCUUUGCAAAGGCUACACCUUCAUUAUAACUACUUUACAUCAGAGUUGCCAAGAGAGAUCGGUAAUCUGUCUCAAUUGGCGAGCUUUAACAUCUCAUCUAACUCAUUCAUAGGAAGGAUACCACCAGAACUGUUUAACUGCAAAAUGCUUCAACGGCUCGAUCUCAGCAGGAACAGAUUUACGGGGAAUUUACCUGGUGAGAUUGGAGCACUAUCUCAGUUGGAGCUUCUCAAGCUUUCAGACAAUGAUCUGUCCGGGAUAAUACCUCCCGAGCUCGGAAAUCUUAUUCGUUUGACAGAGUUACAAAUGGGGGGCAACUCAUUCAGUGGCAAUAUACCAGCUGCUUUAGGUUCCCUCUCUGGCUUGCAAAUUGCAUUGAAUCUCAGCUACAACAAUCUCUCUGGAGUAAUCCCUCAAGAGCUCGGCAAUCUCGUUUUAUUGGAAUACCUUAUGCUUAAUAACAACCAUUUGAGUGGCGAAAUUCCAGGUUCUUUUGCUAACCUACCAAGCUUAUUCGGAUACAACUUUUCAUAUAAUGACUUAACAGGGCCUAUACCAUCACUACCGCGCCUCAACAACAUGGCUAUCAGCAGCUUUAUCGAGAACAGAGGUCUCUGUGGAGGUCCUCUUGGUGGUUGCAAUCCACCAUUAUCUUCAUCCCCUCCUGUGCCAGAUACGAAAGAUAAACAAAUCCGGUUAGGUAAACUUGUUGCUAUAAUUGCAGCAACUAUCGGUGGAGUUUCUCUCGUUUUAAUAGCAGUCAUUAUAUAUUUCAUGAGAAGGCCAGUUAGAACGGUUGCUACUUUGCAAGAAAAGCCACCAACUACUCAAGUUUCGGACAUUUACUUCUCCCCAAAGGAAGGAUUCACAUUCCGGGACUUGGUUGCAGCGACCGAAAAUUUCAACGAGAGCUUUGUUGUUGGUAGGGGAGCUUGUGGAACUGUAUAUAAAGCUGUCUUGCCAAGUGGUCAAGCCGUUGCUGUUAAGAAGCUUGCCUCACAACGGGAAGGCAAUAAUAACGUUGACAACAGCUUCCGAGCUGAAAUUCUAACAUUGGGGAAUAUCCGGCACCGGAACAUCGUGAAGCUUUAUGGUUUCUGCUAUCACCAAGGUUCGAAUCUCCUUCUUUAUGAAUACAUGUCAAGAGGUAGCUUGGGGGAGCUGCUUUAUGGUACAUCCUGCCAUCUUGAUUGGAGAACAAGGUUCUUGAUCGCAUUGGGAGCUGCUCAAGGCCUUGCUUAUCUGCAUCAUGAUUGCAAGCCUCGGAUUUUUCACCGUGAUAUAAAAUCGAAUAACAUAUUGCUCAACGAAAAGUUCGAAGCUCGCGUCGGUGAUUUCGGAUUAGCCAAAGUCAUGGAUAUGCCACAAACCAAGUCAAUGUCUGCAAUUGCAGGUUCUUAUGGCUACAUUGCUCCAGAAUAUGCAUACACAAUGAAAGUGACCGAAAAAUGCGACAUCUAUAGCUACGGAGUUGUCCUAUUGGAGUUACUAACAGGCAGAACACCAGUUCAACCACUAGAUCAAGGCGGUGACCUCGUAACAUGGGUGAGACAUUACAUCCGAGAUCACUCGCUAUCACCUGGAAUGCUCGAUUCUCGGUUGAAUCAACGAGAUGAGAGAACCGUCUGUCAUAUGUUAACAGUCAUGAAAAUUGCUUUAAUAUGCACAAGCAUGUCACCUUCUGAUAGACCAACCAUGCGGGAAGUCGUUCUGAUGCUUAUCGAGUCGAACCAACGCGGAAGCCGGUUCGAUAUCUCCUCGAGUCAUGACACUGACCGAAUCGAAUGAAAUCUAUAUUCUAGUAUGCAAAUAAUUUUGAUUAAACCAUGAUCAUUUUUUUUACAAAAUUUACACAGUGAAAAAAUAUAUGCUAAUUUGUCAACUUUCAUAUAAUAAUUAAUAAUAUAUGGUUGCAACAUGUUCUUGAUAA